AUUCUCUUGUUCUCUUGUUGUUUAUUAUUCUUCCAUUUUGUCUUUGUUCGUUUCUUCGAAACCCCUCCACUCCACAUUCAUCAUUUCUUCAAUGCACCUCUCUUGUUCGAGACGGACCUCUCGAUAAAACCAUUCACAAACCCCCUCAAAAACCCACUUGUUAUUGACUUCCAAAUUGUCCCCAUUCUCUCUCUCUCUCUCUCUCUCUCUCUCUCUCUCUCUCUCUCUCUCAUUUAUUCUCUGUUUCCCCCUGAUCUGUCCAGUUACUUUGAUUUUCACUGAAUUAAAUCACCUGGUGGUGGUUUUGGACGGUGUUUUAUUUCUCAUUCUUGAAGAAAAUCACGUGAUUUCAAUGGUUUAACAUUUCAUCAACCCACAAUUGGAGGAAGAAGUGUAGAGAGAGAGACCAGAGGAUCGAGCAGGGCCCUCGUGGAAUUCUUGAGGGAGAAGAUGAACGGUCUCGAUCGAGCGGGGAGGAGGCGGAAGAGUCUAAAAGAACGGCUGGGAUUGAAAGGGUUGGGCUGCUGUGGGUCCACCUGGGGGUUUUUUAGGCCAUCCACUAUUACCGUCCAAGACGACCAGGCCGAAGAAGUGGGCCCACGAGAGGACCCACCAGCGUUGACAGAAACCCAGCUUUCCAGUAAUCGGAAUUGUGUGGGCCGUGCUCCGGCGACGCCGUCGAUGAACUUGGCAGCGGCGCUGGCGGCCGAGCGGCACUACAGGGCGGCCCAAGAUACGGAUGGCGGGGGCGGAGGCCCGCCCAGCAGCGUGACUGGAGGAAUCGCACCGGGGACACCGUUGAGGGUGUCGUUGAUGAGACUGCUGGAGGAGGAAACAAGGGACGGCGGGGAUGUAGAGAGAGAGACGAAUGAGGAGAGAGGGGGAGGACGGGUAGGGGGGAGUGAUUCGGUGUGCUGCGUGUGCAUGGGGAGGAAAAAGGGCGCGGCGUUCGUGCCAUGUGGGCACACCUUUUGCAGGGUGUGCUCCAGGGAGUUGUGGUUGAACCGAGGGUCUUGUCCCCUCUGCAACGCCCCGAUCAGCCAGAUUUUAGACAUAUUUUAAACGGAGAUUGAAAUGGUCCAGGAUUUGCUUGGGAUGCGCAUUGCGUCGUUCAUCAGUCCGGAUCAAAUCUGUACACGUAAUUCUGUAUCUCAAAACAAAUAUAUGUUGAAUCGUGCGAUGCGUAUGAAUCUUAUGAAAUAAUGAGAAUCUACAUAUAUCAGACGAUUGCAUA